AUGGAGAGCCAGGUCGAAAAUGCCAUCGAAAUCGCGGCGAACCCGACUUCGAGCCAGGAACUGCGCGGCCAGGCCAUAGAAUACUUGAACCAGCUCCGAGCAGAAGGCUCUGCAUGGCAAGCCGCCCUCACCCUCUUCACACGCGAUCCUCAUGCUACCGACUUCGUCCGUCAUACCUCACUCGAUCUCGUCAACAAUGCCAUCCAGGAACAUCGGCUGGAUGAGCAGAGCCUUGGGUAUAUCAAGGACACGCUCAUGAGCCAUAUCCGCCAGUCUUACAUGCCCGGCAGCGGAGCCGCAGAUACCAGUCACAUCCAGAACAAGCUGAUGCAGACUGUCACUUAUCUCUUUGUAGCAUUAUAUCCUUCUUCAUGGCAGUCCUUCUUCGACGAUUUCCGCGCCCUGGCUGGCGAUCAAGCCACCAUCGGCAGUGUCAACAUGGCUACGACAUUCCUAUACCUUCGCAUGCUCGUUCAAGUCCACGACGAGAUUGCCGAUCAGUUGGUAGCGCGGCCAGAGGACGAGAAGAAGCGGAACACAGAGUUGAAGGAUCUCAUCCGACAGCGAGACGCGCAGAAGAUCGCAUUAUCCUGGCAGGAGAUUCUCGCAAAGUGGCGGGAGACAGACCUGGGGCUCGUGGAAAUGUGUCUGAGGACCAUCGGACGCUGGGUUAGCUGGACAGAUAUCAACUUGAUUGUGAACCAAGCCAUGAUCACCACCUUCCUAGAAAUGGCGGGCCAACAAGGAAUCGGUGACCCUGAGAGCGCUGCUGGAAAGGUGCGCGAUGCAGCCAUCGAUACCUUUUCGGAAAUUGUGGGCAAGAAGAUGAGUCCGUCGGACAAGAUUGGGCUCAUCACCUUCCUCAAUCUCUCGGAAGUCGUUGGCCAACUGAUUACCAGCCCGGCUUUGGCUGAGUUCCACAGUCCAAACUACGACAAUGAUCUCGCAGAGACAGUUGCGAAGCUUGUUAACAACAUCGUCUUCGACAUUGUGAAGAUUCUGGAAAACGAGUCCGUCGAAGAACACAUCCGGCAACGUGCAGACGACCUCAUCCGCAUUUUCACUCCGUACCUCCUGCGGUUCUUCGCCGAUCAAUACGACGAGGUCUGCUCUACCGUCAUUCCGUCGCUUACUGACCUCCUCACGUUUCUCCGUAAACUCCAGAAGAAGUCAGGAUCGAUACCUCCCCAGUACGCCGCUGUAUUACCGCCUGUCUUGGAUGCCAUCAUCGCAAAGAUGAAAUAUGACGAAACAGCCACGUGGGGCGAAGAAGGCGACCAAACGGAUGAAGCAGAGUUCCUUGAUCUACGUAGGCGUCUCCAUGUCCUGCAACAAACAGUUACCGCCAUCGACGAACCCUACUACAUAGAGACACUUAGCCGCGUGGUCAACGGAACUUUUGGACGCUUCGCACAAGGCGACCAGACGCUAAAUUGGCGCGACCUCGAACUGGCUCUGUAUGAAAUGUUCUUGUUCGGAGAACUAGCUAUCCGGAACCAAGGACUAUACGCAAAGCGCGAGCCAUCGUCUGCAGCUGCUCAGCAGCUUGUUGCCAUGAUGAAUAGCAUGAUCGAUUCCGGCCUUGCAAAUAACCCACAUCCAGCUAUCCAGCUGCAGUACAUGGAGAUUUGUGUUCGAUAUUACCAGUUCUUCGAGCAGAACCCCAAUCUCAUCCCCAAAGUUCUGGAGAACUUUGUCAACCUUACCCACAGUAAUCACGUCAAAGUCCGCUCAAGAUCCUGGUACCUCUUCCAACGACUUGUGAAGCACUUGCGAGCACAACUAGGCAACGUCUCCUAUGACAUCAUUCAGGCGGUUGGGGAUUUGCUUACUAUCAAGGCUGAAUUGCCUGAUACAUCAGAGGACGAGAUGUCUUCUGACGAAGAAGAUCAAUCUGCAGAUGCAAUCUUCAACUCGCAGCUAUUUCUCUUCGAGGCAGUUGGCUGCAUUGCCUCGUCUAGUACAGUCUCGAUAGAGAACAAGAAGCUCUACGCACAGACGAUCAUGAGUCCGCUAUUCACAGAUAUGGAGCAGACCUUACCCCAAGCGCGGAACGGCGAUGAGCGGGCUAUACUUCAGAUCCAUCACAUCAUCAUGGCUUUGGGUACCCUAGCUCGCGGCUAUUCUGACUGGGUUCCUUCAAACAACAAUAGUGCUGUACCACACAGUGAGGUGGCUGAUGAAUUUGUCAAAGCUUCCGAAGCCAUUCUCGUCGCUGUUGAUUCCCUCAACUCCUCUGGCUCAAUUCGUCACGCAGCACGAUUUGCUUUCUCGCCCAACCAAUCCAGUUUUGAACCUGUCAUCGCUUCGAUUGAGACAUUUGCUCGCGAUACACAUGAUUACCCCACCGCACGACUCGCCAUCUUCGUGCUCAUUCGCAUGAUCUCGGUUUGGGGAGGACCCGACAAGGUUGGACCAGGUGCAAACAAUGCACCCACGUCUAAUGAAGCAACACAGCCACCCCUGCCCGGCUUCGAAAACUACGUGGUAGAAAGAUUUUCUCCCUUGGCCUGGUCCAUCCCGGCAUCGGCUGGUUUUAACUCCAAAGACGCCCAGGCAAAACAAGUCUUGUAUGAGGCUGCCAACCUACAGCAUGAGAUUAUCAAGAAAGUCGGUGAAUCUUACAUUGAACGUCUCAAAACUGAUCUCGGCGGUAUGGGAGUUGGUGACGAUGGUGUGGAACAGUACUUGCGCACUCUUGCUGGCUCAUUCGAAGGGCCAAAGAAGGAGAAGGAAUGGCGUAACUUUUACACCCAUCUUUUCUUGAUACACACUCUUAGGUGCCUCAUCAACUUCUAA